CGACAAUUCACUCGCGGUCAAUCUUUGCAAUCAAUUUGCAAACAGGAUCAAUCGUCAGGAUGGUCGUCACGGUAUCCAGUCUUCUGUCGUUCACUCUGCUUGCGGGCGGAGUCCACGCUGCCUCCUUGCACAGAAUGAGAAGCAGGGUAGCCCCUGAGGGCUUCGUUACCGUCAAGGAAGGCAAAUUCCAGCUCGAUGGGAAAGACUUCAAUUUCGCUGGAAGCAAUGCGUACUAUUUUCCCUUCGACAGCAAUGCGACCGAUGUUGAGCUUGGACUCGCUGCUGCCAAGGAUGCCGGGUUGAAGGUGUUCCGCACUUGGGGCUUCAACGACAAGAACGUGACCUUCGACCCCCAAGGCUUACCUCAGUACGGCGGCGAAGGCGCGGGCGCUACAGAUGCUAUCUUCCAGUGGUGGGCGAACGGCACGUCCACCAUCAACAUCACCGAGUUCGACAAGGUGGUCGACGCCGCUACUAAGGCGGACAUUAAGCUCAUCGUCACCUUCACCAACAACUGGGCCGACUACGGCGGCAUGGACGUCUUUACCAUCAAUCUCGGCGGGCAGUACCACGACGAUUUCUACCGCCUCCCCCAGAUCAAAGACGCGUAUAAGCGGUACAUAUCAACAUUCAUCUCGCGCUACGCAAACUCCCCGACGAUCAUGGCCUGGGAACUCGCCAACGAGCCGCGCUGCAGCGGCGACGCCGUGCGCAACCUCCCCACAUCCGACAACUGUACAGCCGCCACGCUAACCACAUGGAUCGACGAGAUGAGCUCCUACAUCAAGGGCGUCGACGCGAACCACCUAGUAACAUGGGGCGGCGAAGGCGGGUUCAACCGGGCCUCAGACGACUGGGCGUACAACGGGGCGGACGGGGGGGAUUUCGACGCGAACCUAGCGCUCCCCAACGUCGACUUCGGCGUGUUCCACACGUACCCCGAUUGGUGGACGAAGACGGUGGCGUGGACGGACCAGUGGAUCCGGGACCAUGCUGCGGCGGCCAGGGAGGCGGGGAAGCCGGUCGUGCACGAGGAGUACGGGUGGAUGACGCCGGAGGUGCGGGAGCAGAACGGGAUCCCCGCGUCCAACGCGACGAGGGUCGAGGUAGAGGGCGGGUGGCAGAAGAUCAUGCUCGAGGAGGGCAUGGCGGAUAUGUACUGGCAGUACGGCUUCUCGGGGUACUCUUACGGGCGGAAUCAUAAUGAUGGGUUUACUAUUUACUUGGAUGAUGAGGAGGCGCAGACGCUGGUGUAUGAGCAUGCCAAGGAAGUUAACAGUCUCUAGGCUGAUUGUGAGACCCUUUUUUACAGAGUCAUGGGAUACUGAAACAUUGAGCUAGACUGAAUACCAAUCUAUAGAUGAGAUUACAUGAAUAAACGUCAAUGUGGGUGACUCAUUUCGUAGAAU